AUGGCUAGAAUUUGGUAUCGCACAUUCCGAGAUUUCUUUUCCACUCGGCGUCUCUGGCUGUUUCCUCUUCUUGCUGGUUUAUCUUGGUUUUUGACGCUCACUAUUUUACUGGUGAGAUGGCUUGCUAUCGGCCGUCCCCAAUAUCCCGGACAGGUGAAUCCAUAUGUCCCGUUUAUUAGCGACAUUGCUGCCCAUCAGUUUAAGCCCGUUUUCAUAAUUGGGUGUGCAGCUACCGGAGUUACGUUUCUUGGAACCAUGUUCUCGGUACAUCAUGUACGCUAUUCACCUAAUUUCUACGGACUGACAGACGACGCCCCGUGGCGACAGACCAUGAGUUUAAUUGCGCAGAUUGCUGGCAUUACUGCUGCUGUUAGCUUAAUAAACCUUAGUAUCUUUGAUACAGACGACGCGCAUGUACGACAUCGACACCUUCUUAUGGGUACAUUUGGAGGCCUUUUCGCGAGUGCGGUAACUACUACUGCUGUGUGGUGGGAUCAAAUUUGGGGUCCUAUGGUGUUUGUGGGCUUGAGGAAAUGGUGCAUCUUCAACACAAUUCUAGUGACCUGUCAGUUUGGUUGCGGACUAGCAUUCGUAAUUCUCAUGUAUGGUGGUUAUUUUAAGUCCUCGGGCAUACUUGAAUGGUGCCUGACCUAUCUCGGUUCCUUUUGGCUCGUUUCGUUUGUCGGAUACACAAUGUUCAGGGAAGGCGAUCGUCCUGUGUUUGAGGAUGAUGCUGAGCAGCAACCACUGUUAACAUAA